GAAGAACCGUAGGGCGGCCAGUUUCAAAGUAAUCAUGAAGUUGUUAAUAUUGUCCUGUCUGCUUUCCGCAGUAGUGGCUGAAGAGUCUAUACAAGUUGAUUACCAUCGGAGCGUCGGCAUUCCCCUAGCAGAGGCAAUCAGACGAACAGAGACCGCGUUAGACUUUGACGGAGUCAGAAUUGUCGGCGGCUCCCCCGCCGCGCUGGGCGCAUACCCGCAUCUCGGUGGUCUACUGAUAUCUUUAUCGUCCGGCGGCACAUCGGUUUGUGGAUCAUCGUUACUAUCCAACACCCGCUUGGUGACUGCAGCGCAUUGUUGGUUUGACGGCCGCAACCAAGCUAGACAGUUCACAGUCGUUCUGGGCUCCACUAGAUUGUUUUCCGGCGGCACGAGGGUCGUUACAAGCAACGUGCGGACCCACGAGAGCUACCGGCCCGCCACCUUGCACAAUGAUGUCGCUAUCAUCGCUAUUGGCAGAGUAGAGUUUAAUAACCACAUAGCGCCGGUGUCUUUGCCUACGGCGUCUCUGCUCAGCAAUGACUUCGUGGGCACGUUCGCGCAGGCCGCCGGUUUUGGGAAGACUAGCGACGCGGCGGGGAUCACACAAGGCCAGGUGCUGAGCCACGCGUCGCUGCAAGUGAUCACGAACGCGGCGUGCCAGCGUUCGUAUGGCUCCGGCACGGUGAUCGCCUCCACGCUCUGCACCAGUGGGACGGGCAGGAGCACUUGCAGCGGGGACUCCGGCGGCCCCCUCACCAUCAACGACACCGGACGACGCGUCCUGAUCGGCGUGGUGUCGUUCGGGUCGAGCCGCGGCUGUCAAGCGGGCCUGCCUGCGGGCUUCGCGCGCGUCACUUCCUUCGCCGGCUGGAUCCAAGCUCGUCUGUAGACCGCAACCUGCAACCCGCGACCUUCUCUUAUUGUCGUUAAUGAUUUGGAGUGUCACUUUUAUAAUAUUUUCUAUCGAAUAAAUCUUUCCACUUUUUAA